UCCUGCCAGCCCCACUGCAGCCUCCUCCUGGACUGGUUUUAGUAACCAUGACUCUAUUGUCUUAAUUUUUCAGCCAGGCCUAAUUUAGAUCUUAUCUGACUCAUUUAAACACUCUUUGUGGCGGCUGAGGACGGUCAUAGGUGACUAAUAAAAUCCCAAAAAAUAUAAACACAUCCAAGCCAGCUCUGGGAUGGUGAAUGAUGGAUGGUAUCCUGGAAACACGAGCCAUUACGCAGCCUGUCGCUUCUGUAUGGACUUCCUCUAGACUGGAACCAGCUUUUGUUUUAUUGUUUCCAUCUUUAAUGGAGAGAAAACCUGUGACUUGUCUCAUGUGAUGGCGCUGGAGAACAAAGAGCAGGUGUUGCAGUGCAGGAUGUUGUUGACCACCCUCCCCCGGGGCAGUGGCAAAGCCUUGUCCCUUCUGGUGACAGCCUGGGGCUAGACCCCAGCCCGAGGGGUAUCCUGUGCUGGAGCCAGCACUGGUCCCUUGGUGCUCUGUGUCUCCACACUGAGCUGUUUUGUUUCCUGAGCAACAUCUCUGCACAAAGUAUUGCCCAGCACAAAUCCCCUUGCCUGCCCUGAGGGAGGAAGCACAGUCAGCCUCCAGGAAAGGUGUUCAGGCCCCUGAAUCUGGAAAAGCAGCACUCCCUUCACUCCUUCAAAGGCUUCCUGUGGGCUGGAAAACACUCCUGGUGUGGAAGCUUGCUCCUCCUGCCCUGGGCACGCAACCUGGGGCUGUCCCUGAGCUGUUCCUGUGCUCCUCGGGGCUGGGGGGAGGUCUCAGUUCCACCAAGCAGGUGGGGGAACAGGGGUUGUGCUGGGUCCACCACUCAGGGUGAGCAAGGGCAGCUCUGCCACGCCACCCUGAGCUGGGCCAAGUCCCCUGCCCUGCCCCUGGCUCUGUGGCUGAGCUGUUGGAACUGGAGGGUUUUUACUCCAAUUUCCUCUUUGUUGCCCCCUCUGUGGGUGGCUGGGGCUGCUCUGGGCACUCCAAGCCCCAAAACAGGGAAAGUGCAACACAAGGUGUGGGGCUUUCUGGUUACUACUAAUUUCUUGAGGUUCAGGAAAGUCUGGGCAAGCUUCUUUUUAAGGUGAGGUGGUUCCAUAAAUGCUCAGCUCUCAUUCAGACACCGAUUCAGGGUUUUUCUCAUCACACCAGUGCCACAAUCAGGGUUGUGGGGAGGGAAGUGAAACCCUGGCACCACGUGUGUGUCCUCAAGGUUCCCAGACACAUUUCUGAGAAGAGCCUGGCAGUGAGGGAGCAGCCCUGGCCACGGAUUGUGCCAGGGUUGGGCAGGGGGGCUCUGGAGGCUGCUGCAAAAUCCGGGAAGUGGCUCUGUUAACACAGGAUGGAAGGAACAAAAAGCCCAGCAUCAUUAAUCACCUGCUUCGGCUGAGUGUGCACAUUUGGUGGGAAGUGUUUACAGAGCACUUUCCUUGCUCAGAGGCCUCCUGCACCCUCAAGAGAAUUAAUGGCAUGACCUUCUAAAAGGCUGAGUGGCACGCCCAGUGCACGCAGGUGCCUCUCAGAGCAGCUCCCAGCUGGGGAAUGUCCAGGUCUGUGAUGGCACUGGGUGCAGAGAUGGGCACAUCUCUCCCUCAGCCCUCUGGGACCUUCCCCAGCCUUGGCUGCAGCCUGGCAGGGUGGGAUGGGGCAGAACAGGACUCAUCCCUCCAUGGAGAGCUGGGCAGGGGUGAGGGAGUGAUGCCAGACCCAGCAGGGAGCCAGGACAGAUGCUGAGGGCCUUGAGGUUGGGUUCAACACCUUCUCUGGGGUGACACUUUCUCCAUCUGUACCACGAGACCAACCCUCACAGGAGCACCUGCCUCCAUCCCUGAAAAAACCCUGUUUGAGGAAUAAACAGGGAUAAUCGGCUCACCAACAGGGCUGACCACGGGUCCUGGCUCUGCUUUUGGGGCAGGGGCUGGCAGGGCCCUUCCCACAGCUCUGUGUCCCCAGCAGCUCUUGGGGUCAUGGAAAAGCUGGUUUGCCAGGGCCCCUGGGGGAGUGAUGUAGCCUGCAAAAAACAGGGAUAGAGCUGGAUGUGAGCCACAGCUCGGGGUGAAAGUGCCUGUGCUGGGGUGAUGGGAGCCCCUGCAGGCACACAGAGAUCCUUCGGGACAGGGAGUUUCCCAGGUUUGGGGGGGCUGCCGGCUUGGCCGUCGGCUGGGUGUUGUGCAAGGGCCGAACUUGGAAGAAAAUCAGAAACCUCCCUUUGGAAAUACCCCUUGGGCGGGAAGUUGUGGAGGUCCUGGGGCCGGUGCUCACGGGGGCGGUUCCUGCAGGGCUUAAGAAGGGCUGAGUUUGGAGCCGGCGGCCACAAGGAGACAGCCCCGGCCAGCAGCACCCGCUGCCUGCAAGGGGGAAGGAAGGCAAGAAGGGAAAACCAGGGGAAGGAAGGCAAGAAGGGAAAACCAGCCCUGCUGCUGCCCCGUGGGUGAUGGAGCCGGCUCCUGUCCUCCUCCUCCUCGGCUCGCUGUGGGGCUGCAGUGGCCGCCCGGCUGACAGGCUGCUGGUGACACCGCGGGAGCCGCUGGUGCCCUUUGGGGGCUCGACAGAGCUGAACUGCUCCUUGGCCUGUGCAGGGGGCAAGGUGGAGUGGAGGGGGCUGGACACCGCCCUGGGCACCAUCUCCUCCUUCUCCACGCACAGCAUCCUGCACAUCAGGCACGCCACCGUGGCCACGGAGGGCAUGAAGAUCUGCCAGGGUAAAUGCCAGGGGAAGCACUACCAGAAAACUGUCACACUGAAGGUUUACGCCCUCCCGGACACGCUGAGGCUGGAGGCAGCUCCCCAAAUGCUGCGGCCAGGACACCCCACCAACCUGACCUGCUCGGCCAGGCACCUGUACCCUCCCACUGGGCUGGCCCUCACCUGGUACCGGGGGCACCAGGUGCUGGAGAACCUUGCAGACGUUGAGUGCAGGGAUGCCGAUGAGGAGGAGCUGUGUCACAUCGUUUCCACCCUGUUGCUGAGCGGGACAGAGGUGGCAGAAGGGGCGGAGUUCAGGUGCCAGGUGACGCUGCAGGUCGGGCAGGAGACCUUCACCCGGGUGGCAUCUCUGGUGGCACGUGCUGAGGCAGCCACGGGGAGCCCCAGCACAGCCAGGCCCGAGGCCACCACAGCACUGCCCCCAGAGCCAGCUGUCCCCACCGGUGACGCCACCACAGCACGGGAGCCCAGCGCUGCCACCACUCUGCAUCUUCCUGCUGUCACCAAGCCCCGCUCCACGGAGCCCUCCGUGCCCCAGGACCUCACGGUGGCCACCAGCACCCUCCCUGCCUGUGGCACGGCGGCCACAGUGCCACCCGCGGGGACAAUGCCCGCCUGCCUCCUGCAGAUCCGCUCUCUGCCUCCCACCGGCACGCGGGGCAGGGCCCUGCGCAUCGAGUGCCGCGCUCGGUGCGCCGGGAACGCCACGGUGGGCUGGCUGCGGACCCCCGCGGCCCGGGGGCAGUACCGGGAGGAGGCCGCGGGCAGCAGCUCCGCGCUGCGGCUGGAGCGAGCCGAGCCCUGGCACCAGGGCCGCUACCAGUGCGCCCUGCUCGGGCCCCGGGCACAGACGGUCAGCCUGGACGUGACGGUGCUGGACGAUUCCCCCAGCUCCAGCCCUGCCAUUGCCGUGGGCACAGCGGGAUCGCUCCUGGGGCUCAUCCUGACCGCUGCCGUGUCUCGACGCCUGUGGAAGCGGUUCAGAUCCCGCUAGCAGCUGUCCCGGGAGGGGCCCUGCAGCCGU